AUCUAGCACACCGUCGACGGCUUCCUGUCGCCCCGCUCGCGCGCCCGAGCCGCCCUCUCGCCCUGUUUCCCGACAGGAAAGUCUCGCCGGCGCGCGGCUCCCGUCGGCUGCGCGGCAAGUAAUCUUUUCUCGAGUGGCCGGCGCGGUAUGUCGAGCGACACGCGAUGCCCGCCGCCGCAGUCCAUGCCGCGCGGUCCAGCCGAGCCGCGCCUAUUUAGAGGGGUGCGCUGUCCGGCGGCGCUCCAUUCGUACAGCCAUGGUGGGGCCGACAGCGCAGCUGGCAGCGCUGAUACUCGUGGUGGCCGCCGGCAAUGCCGGGGCCUCCAUGGUCACCAUGAUGGAAGAGGGCAAGCUGACGUUCUGCGGCAAGCAGGCUUGUUUCGCACCGAACGUGUGUCUUCCUUUCCUCGGAGUGAACGUGUGUGUGCGCACCAACACGCCCAAGUGUUCUGACAUCAAGUGUCCGCCCAAGCACGAGUGCGCACUUCUCCAAGACGUGUGCGACACACUCCCCUGUCACCCCAAGGCCUACUGUGUCAAACACAAUCCAUGCGGCAUCUGUCUGUCGCCGGACCACUUCUGCGAGCUCCUACCGACCCCGGUCUGUCGGCACGUAGUCGAGCCCACCUGCCUAAACAAGAAGUGCGGCUUCGGAGAGAUGUGCAAGAAGGAACCUCUCGAAUGCACCUACCCGCCGUGCCGCGUCAAGUUCUCCUGCGCGUCGACCUGGCCGUACCACUACGCCUCCGAUGGCGAAGGCGGCUCCAAGAACGCUCCUGGUGUCGCCACGAAGAAGGCAGGGGGUGCCGUCAGCGCUCUGGGAGGCGUCUUCAACGCCUUCAACGGGUUCAAUGCCGACGUUGAGAAGGCGUUCAUCGCUGGUCGUCUGGCUGGGGCCGCCGGUGCCGGUGAUGCUAGUGGUGGUGGCGGAGGCAGUGCCGGUGGAGCUAGCGGCUACAGCGAGCCCGUGGUUACCGCUGGUGCCGGUUACAGCGAGCCCUUGGCUACUGCUGACGCUGGUGGUUACGGAGGUGCCGGCGGUUACAGCCAACCAGCGGCUACCACCGGAGCCGGUGGAACCGGUGGUUACGGAGGUACUGGCGGUUACGGUGGUUACAGCGAGCCUGUGGUUACCCCUGGUGCUGGUGGUUCUGGUGGCUACGGAGGAGGUUCUGGCGGUACCGGUGGUUACGGUGAACCCUCGGUUACCGGUGGUGCCGGUGGUUACGGCGGUGACGGAGGAUCAGGAGGAGGCAGAGCUGGAGGACCCGAGGUCACCACCUCUUACAGCGGAGGUGGAGGGGCAGGCGGAGCCGGAGGAUUUGGCGACUUCAGCAGCUACAGCGCCGCCAUCUCUCAAGGAGCCGCCAGCACCGGAGGCAACUGGGACACCUUCCAGCCGUUCGACUACAGCGGCCUCUUCGGUGACGCCUUCGCGGGCGGCAGCGCCGGCGGAGCAGGCACCGAUGGAGCCGGAGCGGGCGGUGCCGGAGCCGGAGCAGACGGAGGAUCCUCCGGACACUCGUCCGGCUCUCAGGACCACUACUCCGACAACAGGUUCGGCUUCAGCCACCCGGUGUCACACGCUGCCGGCGUGGUCAACACUGUGCCGUCUGUGGACAGCUCGGCCGGAGGCAAAACCGAGGUCCAGGGCGGUCAGGAGCCGCCGGCCGAACAACAGGCCGAGGAAGAGGAGGAAGAGAGCGACACUGAGGACGAAGACGAAGAAGAAGAACCCGACCAGGCGCUUUAAGCAGUGUUCAGGCAGGAUAGCUAAUGCGAAGUCGACUACGAGCUACGACUACAAGCAUGAUCUGCAGCACGGCUCAGUUGAAGAAAACAGCUGAAUAUCGCAGACUUUGUGAAUGGGAACGGCCGACAUAGGCCCGCUGGCGGGAUAUGGUCGCAACUUUUCGGCUACUAAGUGCCAUAGGUCGUGAACUGCACCAAUGUUGGUGUCUAAUAUUGCACGGUAAAGAGCCGUAAGCCUGCGUAUCAUUGAGAAUUAAAUUUCGCUCUUUGUCAUAUAAUAUGGAUAUUGUUUAAUAAUAUCCUUUUCAUGUC